AUGAGUCUUCUCGUAAUUAAUGGUGCUAAUAAAGUUUCAUAAGGCUUGAUUCGUCAUUUUCACAGCACAGGUGUCUAUGAGAAUAUAGUUUGUGCUGAUUUAUUUCCUAAUUAUCACUCUUUAGAAAGCUAUUUAUAAUUUAAAGAUACUUUAUCUUCAAACAUACAAACUAAAUUAAAGGAAGUUAAGCUUUUGGACAAAAACGAAUUAGAAUAUUAAGUAUCUAAAGCCUCUCACGUAGUUUAUGUUACUCAUGAUUAUUAUUUGAAUGUUCCUUGUAAAUUAUCUUUGCUAAAGAACGUAGCUUAAGUAUGUAAUUAAUCAAAAAUUAAGAAUUUUACAGCAGUUUCUCUUAUUGAAUAUUUGCAUUAUGGCGAAAAUCAUCCUUUAGAGGUAGCUGAAAAAGCAAUUAAUGAAGCCUAAAGAAUAGCUCCUAAUUUAAUUGAAUUAAAAACUGAUUUAACUUUUGGACUUGAUUCAGGAGUCGUUAAUGAAUUAUUUUCUCAUCAAUAGCACGGCAAUAUUUCUGAUUUAGGAGUUUUUACUGAAAUCGAAUUUUCUAAGUUCUAUACUUAAGGAAGUGUUGAUUUUAAAAACUUUAAAAAAAAUCAUGCCUAUAAAUGA